AUGGUGACCAAGCGCCUCCAGGAAAGCGGCUCGCCGAAGCAAGCUCGUCCUGUCGCCACCGACAGCGCCAACGGCCCGCUGAUGCUGCUCCGUUUGCGGGAGCAGUGCUGCCGCGAGCACCACCCGGCUGCCUCGCCCGCUGGCCCGCUGGCGCUCACGCUCGGCGCCCCGGCGGCAAAAACCGACGACGUCUGCCGGUGCUGCUGCGCGAGCGACGCGGACGCGCCGGCUCUGGCGCCUGGGGUUAUGCCGUCGGUGGACUCGGUGCUAAGUGGCUCCCGGUACCUGAGGCCCGUGCAGGAGCUGCUGCGCGACGCGGUCUCCGCCGUCGUCGGCGGCGGCGACGACGACGAGAGCGCGGGGGGAGGCAGCGAAGACGACGCGCCCGGCGAAGAGGCUCUCCGAGAGAUCCGUCUGCGGGCGGCAGCCACGCGCCGCCGCGGCAUCCAGGCCAAGAACGACGGCGGCGCCGGCGCGGUGCAAGCCAAGCUCCUCGGCCUUCUCAGCGAGCUGGAGGGGCGGCAGGAGCACUACUUCCAGGAGCUGAGCCGCGUGGCGUCGUCGUUCGAGCCGGCGCUGGGGCCCGCCGCGACGGCCGGGUACACGUCCCUCAUGUCGCGGGCCAUGACGCGCCACUUCGCCAACCUGCGCCGCGCCAUCCUCCGCAAGCUCGCCGCGGUCGCAAGGCCGGCGCCGGCGCCGAGGGCGAGGCUGUGGACGAACGAUGACAGCGAGGAGGAGGAGGACGACGAAGACGACGACGAGUACGACCCCGCGCAGACGGAGGACAUGGUGAGCAGGCUGGUCCGGCGGACGAAGCAGGCCGUGGCGGCGCGGGCGGCAGAGCAGGUGUGCAAGCCGUUGAGGGGCCUGCCGGAGGGGUCGGUGGCCGUGCUCCGGGCCUGGCUCUUCAACCAUUUCAUAGAUCCGUACCCCAGCGACAACGAGAAGCUGAGGCUGGCCGUGAGCACGGGGUUAAGCAGAAGGCAGAUAUCCAACUGGUUCAUCAACGCGCGGGUGCGGCUGUGGAAGCCCAUGAUCGAGGAGAUGUACGCCGACGAGUUCUCCGACGUCUCCUCCAGGGACGACGACGCUGGCGGGGGCGGCGCCGCGGCGUCCUCUCAAUGA